GCGUGGCUGACUGUCGGGCGGGUCAGAAGCAAGUGCUAUCUUAGUCGAAUCGCUGCACGAACCAGAAAGCCAGAAACACGUUACUUUCAGCGUGGAUAAUUCCGUCGUGAUUACCUUGGCCUACAUUUCGUACCGUCGGCGAGGCAAUCCAUCGAAUAAUUUAGUACGGAUUUAUUUAAACUUUUGAAUCAUGGGACAAAAACUUUCUUGUUUUUCGAAGCGGACUGGGGAUGCCGAUGCAAUACCACAAACAAAAACACCAAAACCUCUCAAAAAGGGAAAGAAGCAAUCCGCGAAAAAGGAGACGGUCAAAGUAGAUGAAGUGGGUGUUGUGGAAACCAUCGCUCCGAGUGCCAAUCACGGGGUAACCGAAGCAGCAAGUUUAUCCGAACCUCAACGGAGGAAACCCAAACUUGUCCUUUUGAAACCCGCGCCAACUAAAUGCAAACUACCAUCCCCGGCUCCACAACAGUCGCCUGAUAAAAUCAGUCCAAAUUUGGAUAAGAGCACCUUUGUCAAACCCACCCCUGCCACAACAGUCAACAUAAACAAUCCACAAACGGUGGACCAGAUUGCCCAUGAGCUGGCUCACAAUGAUGCACGACCGGCCACGUGGGCUGAUCUCUACUGGGCCUUGAUUGGUAGCCGAGAGUUCAACACAGACGAAGCAAAGGUGAAGGCUUUAUUUUCCUGGCUUUGUUCCAUCCCGACAGAUCGAGAUGCUUUUGUCACCAUGGAAGAGUUGGAGCAGGGUGUAAAGGAUGGAGUUGAAUUUGCCGACGAAGCCAAAAAGUUGAAAUCAAAAACAUUGAGCCCGGACUCCCCUGAAGUGGUGGUUAAUGAAUUUACUCGCGGAAAAUCUACUUACUUGCGAGCAUUCGAAUCCUUAUGUCGUUACUCUGGCAUCCCAUGCCGAAUGGUGAAGGGGCUUGCCAAGGGGGUGGACUAUACUGUUGGCAUGAAACUGACCGAUCAAAAGAUGCCUCCAGAACCCGGUGAGCAAUCGCCUAUCCAUCAGAUUCAGCACGCGUGGAAUGCAGCCUACAUUGACGGUAAAUGGGCUCUGUUUGAUUCCAUGUGGGCGGCCGAACGGCUAGCUAUGAGUGCAAAUGCUCGUCUGUCGCAGAUCGCCAAAGUUGGCAAGAUGGAAUACGAGACCGAUAUGUUCUACUUUAAUGCCAAUCCGAGCGUGUUCAUAUACUCGCACUUUCCUUUUGAGGAGGAGUGGCAGCUGUUGAACCCACCAAUGACGUUGCAACAAUUCCAAGACGGAGUUCUGCUCAAACCGGCAUUCUUCACCCACGGCCUUGGUCUAUUUUCUCACCAAGAAGGUGUAAUUCAAGUGAAGGACAGACUCAUCGUCAAACUUGCCAUUCCACCAAAUUUGGUUAACGUGCUGCUAUUCACGUUCAACCUGAAGCUAGAUGGACGCGACGAGAUGUUUGAGGGUGUCAAUCUUUCGCGAUUUGGGAUGCACGAGAUAUCUCCUCGAGACUGCACGGUAACAUUCAGCUUCCGAUUUCCAAAAACUGGAGCCUAUAAGCUAACCAUGUAUGCGCGCAAAGUUGGAGAUCCGCUCUUCACAGACAUAUGUGAAUACCGGGUAGAGGCCAAAGGGCACGAUUCGGCACAGCCAUCCGAAAAGCCUGGAAGCAUCAACAUUCCGCCAUUCCCACCCACUGCGCAGUCACACUAUGGACCGACAGAAAAAGCUAGCGAUUUGAAGGUUAAAAUAUUGCCCCCAGAUAUGGAUGCCAUACGUAAAAGUACCGAUGGAGUGUUUGAAGUGAGGUUCGCAAUGACUAAUCCGACGGAAAAACUGGUCAGAAUGACUGCACGUCUAAAAUCUUUGCUUCAUGAAACCUCCGAAUUGAACGGAUGCAUAUUGAGCGGUGGGUCAACAGGCACUGUUGUGGGUCAUCCAGUGCCAACUUGUGUCAUCACCGCCUUCUUACCAUCGGCUGGUGAAUACGCACUCGAGGUGUAUGGUGCUCCAGCUAAUGCAGAUGAAGACACUUCAUACUUCCUGGUAUGGCAGUUGCUGAUUGACGCGGACUGUGGAAUCAAACUCUCUCCUGCUGUCCGAAAACACUUGGCCACUGUGACUCUUGGGUCCACAGAUUCAACGUGGUCUACUCUUGGCCUGAGGACAGUCAGUCACCCGGACCCGCUAAUUCACGUCCCAACCAAAGGAGCUCGAGGUUUAACAAAGACCCGAAGCAAGAGUGAGGUGAUGCGGGAGUUUGUAAAUCAGUCAGAAAAGUUGGACCGCGAGAAGGAUGGACCAGUGUCACAUGAUUCAGAUACGAGCGCAUUGAAGGUGCCAGAGGACGCAGCCGGAGACUCAGGAGAGCUCGACGACGAAACUGUUGGUCCUCGUAGUUGUGACCUAAAAAUCGUGCUAGAAAGGUCUACAAGAACUAAGCCAUACAUGGUUGGCCACUUGGUUGAUAUCAACGAAGCAGAAGAAGAGGAUUGCACAUCCUAUCUCCUGCAACAAGUUGAGCAGCCCGAAGAUUCUAUGGCUCAAGACUAUGAACGUAUAACAUAUCUUAUCCGGAUUCCAAAAGCUGAUCAUUUCUUCAAAUUCUAUCUGUAUGCCGCGGUGGUCGAACCGAGCCAAGCUGUUACGCUUCCUCUAGUCUACACCUACCUGUUAGAGGCACCACAACGUCUGAUGUCCGGCGAGGUCCCCUACAUUGGUGUGCAGCAUGGAGCGUUCCCUGAAAAGCUGGAAAAGAUAAAGCAAUCGACAAAAACUUCGUGAAUUGGUUUUUCUUAAAACUGUUCUGUCCAUUUUUUCCAGUACCACUAAUAUACUGCAUUCUUUUACGGCUGUGUCUGUCGGUUUAUUUUCCCAAUGAAUUCCACAAGAAGAGAACGAGAGCAUUGAACUUAAAUUUGACGAAUUCAAAGAUGUCGAAAAGCCUAUUAGUGUACACUAUUUUUGCCAACUUGCUUUCUCAAUCGCUCUCCUUCUCACUCUUCCACUCGGUCCACUUUUGUUGCGCGAUAAAUAGACGAAAAUGAACGUAAAAAGCACCUACUUUACUGCUUUGACCUUCGUUGCACACUAUUGUUCAUUUCGUUCGAAAUUCCCCAGACCAUAUUAGGUGUGCUUAUUAAAGAAACUGAUCCGAGACUAUCUGAACUUCCGCAAGCUUCUCCAUACUACUGUUUUUCCUUUCUUGGGUAUUUGUUUCACUUUCGGUUGUUUUUUCGCUUUUGCGUCAUCUUUUUUUACUUUCCCCUUGCUUUACGUCAGAGAAACUGUUUGUGUUUCUCGGCUUUUACUAAUUGGCAGUAUAUAUUCCGGUCGGUGAGCUUGGGCGUUUAUCGAUAGAUUUACGUCUCUUCUACGUUUUGCAACACACCUUUCUAACUUUGGGCGUGCGUUUCAAUUUGCGCACCGUUUGUUGAUUGCGGCAUUGAUGCCUGUGUAAUUUUGACAAGGCUGCAACCAUUUUGAUUCGUUCACCUUGUUUCUAUGCUAAUGCCACCUAUGUGUCAUAUCACGAAAGCUGAAAUUUGUUGCCGACGUAGUUCUUUCACUGGCCUCAAUAUACCGGUUAUCUUACCGGGUAACCUCAGUCGUGUAAAACUGCAUUUCUG